UCAAAGAUCUAAAACCCACUAAACCCAAAUCGAUGCUCUCUGCUCUAGCCAGAGUUCCACUUCUUGUAUUCCACUAAAUCACUAGCUACCUACUUUCCCGAAAGAAGGUUUCUUUCUCUGGAAACACCAUGAAUCCAAGGAAAAGACAAACAGUGAUCAGAAGCAUCAGAGCAAAAGGAGAACAACGGCAGCCCACAGGUCCUUGCCGAAUCCGGCAACUUCCAUCGGCUUUAGUCAUGGAAAUUCUCUCCAGGCUCACUCCCAACACUCUCAUCAACUGCAGGUGCGUUUGCAAAUCAUGGCUUUUUGUGAUUUCCCACCCUCAUUUUAAUCGUCUUCUCCAUUCAAGAUCCCCAAUUGGCAUCUUGAUCCAGACAUUUCCUCAUCCCAUCAGAUGGAAAGGGAGGAUACUAGAGUUCACCCAGAUAGUAGAAUGUGCUGCUCCUGAUUUGCAGCUAGAGAAGAUGAGUUUUCGUCCCAAAGUUAGCAUACCGCUUAUCGGUGACAAAGAGGGUUUCAUUACGAAAUAUGGUUUGUUAAACUCCUGCAAUGGUUUGCUUUGCUUGUCUGGACCGAAAAGAAAUGAUAUCUUGUAUGUGUGUAAUCCAAUUUUGGGUGAGUUCAUCACCACAGCACCUCUUAAAAAUGGUAUAGACUACCUCGCUUUUAAUGGACUUGGUUUUAGUGCUGCUACCAAUGAGUACAAAGUGUUAAAGACUUGCCAGGCGAAUCAGGCUCAGAUAUACACCAUUGGUACUGGAGUUUGGAGAGACAUUGGACAGGCUCCUUUUGGCAUUGUGCGGUUUCCGUUUAAUGCUUUUCUACAUGGAGCUCUUCAUUGGGCUACCCAGUAUUGGUCGGGUUAUGAGUUUAUGCAUUCCUUCAACUUUGAAACAGAAAAGUUUCAAACAAUACCCCCACCUAGCCACUUUGCACCGAAAAGGAAACUUAAAGAGCGGGUAACCUUGGGAGUGCUGGGAGGUUGUCUCCUCUUAUGUGCCUUUGAAGAUGACAGUAGCAAAUUUGAUAUGUGGGUUAUGAAGGAUUAUGGUGUCCAAGAGUCUUGGACAAAGUUUCUUGUUAUUGAAAACUUGAGCCCCACAAGAAGUUUGACACGUGCAGACUAUGAACCAAUUAUGUUCUUGAGUAACGGUGAAAUCUUAAUGUCGUAUGGUGCUUCUGCUGUGGUUUUGUUAUAAUCCAGAAACAAAGAGUUUCAAGGAAACUAGUAUUGGUCCGAUUGGGUUAGGAUUUGUCGCUACGUCUUAUAGUCCAUCCUUUGUUUCACUCUACUAUAUUUCAAAAGGAGAGGAGGUGGAAAGUGUAAGAGACAAUGAGAACUUCAAUAAGCUGUUUCAUAAAGGAAGUAGUAGUUCUGCUUGUUCUGUGAGGCCACCCCAUAAGUCCACAAAACUCAACCCAGGGAAUUGCCAGCCUGUUGUUCAAGAGGGUCUCCCUAGGCCUAGAAUCAUAGCUUCCUCUGUUGCUUCCUCAAAACUCAACCCAGGCUAUUGUUCCCCUGCUGUUCAAGAGGGCCUCCCUAGCUCUAGAGCCAAAACUUGCUCUGUAAGUCUGGGUUUCACUUUGAGGAUUGGGAGUGAAUGUGCUAUAUGUGGUGGGCAAUUGGGCUAUGUAUUCAGAGGUAAAGGAUUCGCAAUGUGUCAAAAAUGUUUUGACUCAAGUUCCUCCUAAGAACUUUUCAUUUCCUUGUUGUAAGGCCGUAGCCACUCUCUGCUUGUUUCUCAACUCUCUUUCUAUAGAGCAAAAAUGCAGGGGUGAUGACCUUUUGUUAUUCCUAGUUACUUGAAUUCGCAAGUACUGAAUAUGAAACUUUCCAUUUAAA